AUGCUAGAAAUUGAAUCACCAACUGCUACGACACACGAUCAUGAAAUCAAUGCAGAUCUAAGUCUUGCCCAAAAGACACAAUACCUACACUCUUAUUACGCAGUGACCGAAGCAUUAAUCCACAUCUUUGACACGCCCGAACUCGAAGCACAUCUUUUAAGCCCCCCGGAUUCACCCUCGUAUCUAAUAUCACCUCUCAAACAAGCCUCUUUUGAUCUAGUCAUAGCAAUUGGUGCACAAUGUGAAUCACUCUCCAGCUCCCGGACAAUAGGCCAAGCCUACUUCCGGAAAGCCCGCAGUCAAGCUUUUAUAGGAUUUCUCGAAGAUCCAGACCUUGACAUGGUCCGUACCUUCGUUCUCAUGGCAUUUUACAUGCUCGGCGAGUGUCGAAGGAAUGCAGCGUUUAUGUACCUCGGUGUAGCUGCAAAAGCGGCUCUUGCGCUUGGGUUGCAUAGUCGGGAAUCAUAUGGCCAGAAGCCAGACGCGGCAGAUCAAGCAAAACUACGUGUUUGGAUGAGUGUAUGCAUCCUUGAUAAACUCGUCAACUCUCUUCUCGGCCGCCCAUCCGCUUCAGCCCAGAUCCGAUCGGAUAGCAAACUCGACGACGUCGGUCAACCAGGAGACCGGAUAACCGAAUGCUUAAUGGCUGCAAACAAGGUAUCAUCCAUAAUUAACGACAUAACCGAUACGCUAUACGAUCAAAAGAAAGUUACAAUCCCAAUAGUGGAACAGUUCCUCCAGGAUAUCGAGCGCUGGAAACGAGACCUUCCUGCAUCGGUGAAGAUACCCACAGAAGCAUCUGGACAGCAUGGGACGAUUGCAAAGGUGCAUGUUUCAUGUUUGUACUAUUUGGCUGUUAUGUUGGUUUCAAGACCGUUUUUGAUAUCGACUCUUACAGCAAAACCUCUUGCCAAGGGAGCACAUUCACAGUUGGCGGCUGCUUGUCUUGAUGCUGCUAUGUAUUUGUCACAAACAUGCGUUGAGGCACUAGACGCUGGUUUGCUACAGGGGAAUAUGUGUAUCAUGAAGGCUCUUGUAUUUGGCGCUGGACUAAUCCUAGGCCUCGAAAUAUUCGCAAAGUAUCCUGUUGAAUCAGACAUCAAUACCGCAUUCCAGGGUGCAAAACAAGUUCUGAAGCACUUGUCGACUCAAAGUCCCCAAGCAGCGCACUACCUCGACAUUCUCACGACCCUCUCAGGUGCCAUUGACAAGCGUCGCUCGUCGGAAUCAUCCACUGGUAGAAGUCGCUACGUGUCAAAGCUCUUCAGCUUGGAUGCACCUACUAGUUCUCAAGAUGAAAACAUGUUGGAUGAUAUGUUUUCGUUUACGGAUGUUCAAGCUGGAGUGGCCGAUGAUGCGAUGCAGGAUUGGGUCUUUCAAGAGCCGGAGAGUGGUGAUUUUAGUUUGGAUUGGGAGAGUUUGAACGUUUCCUUGUGGGAUACCUAUCCAUUUCUAUCAUGA